AUGGCUUGGAUCUUCGUGUUGAUCCAAUUGUCAUCGUUCGUGCAUGGCCUCGCCAUCUCUUCUGCUACUGAUCAACGACCCAGAGCAGCCUUCGUCUCCCUUGCGCACGAGCAUGAUCUGCCCGCCAUCUUGUCGUCCAUCUCGCAGCUUGAAGAGACGUACAACCACCGAUACCGUUACCCCUGGGUCUUCUUCAGCACCCAACCUCUGAGCGAAGACUUCCGACAGCAGACGUCGAACGCGACCGGUGCCGUUUGCCUGUACGAAGUCAUCACGAAAGAAAACCUGAUCUCUCCAAAGCAGCCGUCUGCCUUUAACGCGCUGCCGCCGCGUCAUCUGCCUGGUCAAGAGGCCGUCUCCGAGGACGGCCACUCAACGCCCUUCCUCGGUCAAAUCUCGCACUGGAACUCGGGACCCUUUGCCCGCGAGAAAAGACUGAGAGACUAUGACUGGGUCUGGAGAAUUGAGCCUGGCGCACAAUUCACUCACGACAUCAAAUUCGACGUCUUCCGCUUUAUGCGAGACCACGAAAUCGCCUACGGCUUUAACGAGGCCUUGCUCGACAAGGACGAGCUGCGAACUCAUUCACAGCCGGUCAAAUCCUUCAUCGACAAGCACCCCGAUUUGCUGCACGCAGAUGCGGACUUGUCGUGGCUUCUGGGCAGCAACGAGGCGCCGCUCGGGGCGACGAGCCCGGGCAACUGGUCUCGAGGCCCCGAUAGCAGAGACAGGGACUGCGGAUGGUCUAGCUUGAUCAGUUCCGUGAUCCAUGAGGAUGACACGCCGCCGGCAUUCGACAUUGGAGCUCUAUCCUUCUUCCGAAGCCAGGGCCAUCAGGAUCUGGUCAACCACCUAGAUGCGGCGGGCGACUUCUACAGGCAGCCGCUCCGCGACAUGGCCGUGCCCACCAUCAGCGCCAGCAUGUUUCUUCCCCAGAAGAGCGUGUGGAACUACCGCAAACGAGACCUCCGACACCCGCACCGGCCGAGCCCUCCCGCUUACACACAGAAGCCGAAGCUGAAGACGUAUGAGGCCAACGCGGGAUUCAACUUGAAAGGAAGCAACCGGCAAGAGAGGAACCCUAGCGAGAGCAUGGCCGAGCGCUUUGCGCUCUGGAACCUGAUGGCUCAAGACCUCAGCAGACAAGAUGCUAUCCCCAGCUUGCGGUCUGGGAAUACAGUGAUUGACGAACGAAACUUUUCAAUCGACCCAAAGGCGAUGCCACGCAGCGUCGUAGUCUUACCUUGA